GAUUCUGUGAAGUUCACUCUAAAAAUAUUCUUCUUAUGAGAAAUAUUGAUAUGAGUAUAACAAUUAAAUUAGAGAUGUUAAGACAAGGAACUGGUUUAAAUUGGGAUUCUGCGAUACUCAUUCUAAAAACAUUCUUGUACAAUAUUCUUAUAAGAAAUAUUGAUACGAGUAUAACAAUUAAAUUAGAGAUAUUAAGACAAGGAACUGGUUCAAAUUGGGUUUUGAACUAA